GGGGAGGUGGUGGGGUGCAGGUGGGCGGCGGUGCGGAAAAAUCUCAUGAAUGAGACCCAGUGUUGUGACGUCAAUGCUGACGUAGAGCCCACGGAGUGGCCGCUGUCCGUGGUCCCGAAAACCAGACGUCGGAUCGUGGAGGAACCCCAGCAUCAGCGUCCACGGCCGCGGAGACCACACAAAGAAAGAAAGAAAGAAACAAACAAACAAAAACCCACGCAAUCCCACAGAACCCGGGACCCCACAGCUGCGUGACGAGUGUGACGUGAGGACGAGGGGCGAGCUGGAAUCCCCCUCCACCACCCACUCAAAACCAGACCCACUCACUCCUACCUCCAGCUGCAAGCAUUUCUGAGUGGCCAUGAACCGAUACCACAGUGCCUCUAGCGCCCUUACGGUCCUGGUCCUCCUGACGGUGGCAUCCUAUCCUCACCUGUCCAACCCCAACCCUCUCACCACCUUUGGGAUAGUUGAAAACCCAAACGGGAAUGACCCUCUUCCCGGGACUAAGACAGAUAAGGAGGAGGAGGCAGGAGAGCUCUUUAAGGAUGUAGAUCCCAAAAAGCUUGCAGCGGUUUUACUGGAGGCGUUGAAUCGGUCACAGGUAGCCAGAAGGUGGGAGGGAGACGAUGGAAGAGAGGGAGGAAUGAAGGCUGAGAGAGGGGAAGAUAAAAAAGAGGAAGCAAGAAAAGUUGAAGAAGCACGUCAAGAAGGAGAUCUGGAGUUAGAGCUCCUAAAGGCAGCACAGGGGAAGAACUGGGAAAUCCAAGAGGACGAGGAGAGGAAGAGAGUCCAAGAAGAAGAGGAGAAGAUGACUGAGAAGGUGACCAGUCAUACCACAACCCAGACAAUCCAGAGCCAAACUACUCUGGAUGGAAAAGGUGAGGAUGGGCAGGGUACUGAUCCCAAGCGGGGAUCCGGCGGCCCUGAUCAAGGCAGCGGCGAAAAGGAGGAUCAGCUCAGUCCAGAGGAGCUCAAGUGUCUCGAGACCGUGAUGGAAGAGUUUCCUCAUCUGGACACCAAACGGGAUUCAGAGUGGGUCGAGCAAAAGAGCCGAGACUACAGACGUUACAGCGGCAUCCUGCCAGCGAAGAAAGCCAAUGACCUCGCCAUGUCCAAGAAGAAACUCAAAUGGCAAGAGGAGACGCAGAAAGCCAUGAACUUCCCGACAUUCAGAGGAGGCAAUUUUAUCGAUGAAUCUGAAGAUGGUGGCUUUGGCAACAACGUGGCGGACGACUCCCGACUUCCAGACGAGCAGGUGGAGGUGGAGGAUGAACCGGAGGAAGGGGAGGAUAGUGACGAGGUGCUGAGUCCUGAGGAGGAGGAGGCUCGGGCCAAAGUGGAGCAGGAGGAGAUGAGGAGGCAGGCGGCCGAGGCGCAGAGAGCCAAAAUGGAGGAGGAGAAGUUGGCGGACAUCGCGUCGGACAUGUUGCUGCGCUACAUGGUCAAACAGAGUAACGGCAACAGAAAGUAUAGCUGGUCCCUGUCCAAUGCUGCGGAGGACAAGCGCUCCGAUGAGGACCAGCGAGCGACAGAGGAGGAGCAGGAGGACAUCGAUCCUCAGACCAUUGACAAGCUGAUUGAGAUCUCCAGCAGACUCCACCUCCCCGCUGACGACGUGGUGGACAUCAUCAGCGACGCGGAGAGGAAGAAGAAGAAGGACGUGGCGCCUCUGCCAGCGGUGUCUUCGUCAUUUCCUUCCGCAUCACUGGUCUCAACCAAACAAAGUAACUUCCCCGUCUCCAACCAGAUGCCUCCGCCCGUCAAUCUGCUCAAAACUUGGUUCCAGGAGAAAACACCAAGAAAGCCGGACACUCUCUGGGGCAAACCUGGGAAGCCUUUCCUAGCUAGCUGGCAAAAAAAUACGAAGCCUCAGUCAGUUAAACAGGACCCCUGGUUCACAUCACCCCGUUAUGUUUGGACUGGCCACUCCUUUCACCCCUACACUUUCCCUUCCUUCUACCAGAGGAACCCAUACUACAAUCCCAUCUACGUCCCCCCUCCCCGCAGGGCCAGGCCCCGUUACAACACAUGGAAACCUGCUUUGAGGCUCAACAACUUCUUGGGUAAUUCUGUGGAUGACCCCUACACUUUCCUUCCCAAGAGACGUUACCAUGGUUGGGUCCAGCCCCAGCUCAGAAAACCCCCUGCAGGCCUCCAGCAGAAGUCGUACUACAGCAGCUAUCCCCUCCCACGGCUUCCUCCCAGCUACUCACAAAGAGACCACAGAUGGUGAACUGACAGUGGAAGAUAGAAAAGGGGGAGCUGUGAAUAGAAAGGUUUGGCAUUACAAUAGAAAAUCUUUUCUUUAUGGAACAAUGCAUAAUGCACCAAUCAGGCAUAUCAUUAUGACCACCUUUCUAAUAUCAUGUAGGUCUCCCUUGUGCUUCGAAAACAGAUCCUUCGUCAAUUCUAAUGCCACAAUUAUGUCAACAGCACCUCCCCAGAGAGCUGUGAUUGGUCCGUUUGGCAGUAGCACUAGUAGCUCUUUAGUAUUUCCGGCUGCUUCUCCAUAUCCGCAAUUUUCAAACUGAUUCUUUUGGAUCAAUGAAUGUGAUGGACCACAUCAGAGGAAAGGUUAACUGAGGAGGUUGGACAGUACUAACAUUUGUAUAACUCAUCUUUGAUAAAAAUUCACUGAAAGUUUCAGUCUCCGUUGUUGAAAGUGAAGUGUUGUUACAGAGUGAGCCAGAUUCAUGAGGUAUGUCCAGAAGAACCUUAUAUAAGCCUUCAGAGAAUAUCCUGUGGUGUCUGGCAACACUAUGUUGUUCGUGGACUCCUUUGAGGUGGGGGUCCUCUUUGAAUCACCCCUCAGAUACUUGAUCAGUUUGGUAUCUAGUCAGUUUGGAGGCCAGGUCAACACCUUGUGCUGUUCUUCAGGUUUUUUUUUUAGUUCCUAAAGCGUUAUUGUUGCUGCUGCCA